GCAACAGUGAGCUUUCAAUUUCUAUUGCUGCCAAACAAUUCGCAAUUCGUUGCUCGGCUCAGAGUCUUCUCUGUGUUCGUGCAGUUAGGACGAAUUUUUAAGUUGAUACGUUACAAGAGCUCGAAAUAUUACGCUAUGUUUGGCAAUCGAUUCGUGGCUGUUGUCCUGGUUGCCAGCUGCAGCCUGGCUCAUGCCUAUCCGGCGCUCUUACCAUAUCUCUACUCCCCUUUGAAGCGCAGCGCUGAUACUUUUCCGCAAAUCGAGGACGAUGUCGUGGAGCUGGAUCAGCUGAGGCAGGAGCAGCCCGCGGUGGGCAAACGACAGCACGAUGGCAGCACCGCACGGACCACCACAACCACCACCAAGGAGAGCAUCGAGAAAGUAAUUGCCCCACCAGAGGCGGGUAGCAAGGAGCAGCCUCUGAUGCCUGACCUGGAGCGUCAACUGGAGGUGGCCACGCCCCUAAUGUCGAUGUCCACCACAACCACCACCAGCACAUCGGCAACGACGACAACGGCAGCGUUUAAGGACGAUGGCGAACGCUCACAGCUAGAGGAGCCAAAGACGGCGGCCAAGCCGGCCAACGAGCCUGGCGCCCAUGCUAAGUGUAUAUCCACGAAACCACCCAAAAACCAACAGGCUUUCUACGGUGCAGCGCGUCUAGCAUUUGGCCAAAAUCCCGAGGUAUUGCCCACAUCUCCAGCAACCACAACAACAACUACAACAACAACAACAACAAUGCCCACGACUACAACAACAACAUCAACAACAACUGCAGCGCCAACAGUGGCCACAGAAGACGCAGCAGCGCCAGCUGGCGAGGAUGUGGCGGGUGAGCCCGUUGAGACUGCCGAAGAGACAAUCGACGCAGUUGGCGGUACCGACGUAGACCCAAUGCCGGAUAAAUUGCCUACGGCCCAUCACAAUCACGAUAUCAACAAGGAGACCAUUGGCGACAUACUGAUAGACCAGUUGGAGACGGUGGCCAAGACCACAGAGCGACGCUCCAGCAUGCCACAUAUGACGGCCAAGACGGCUCAGAGCUUGCUGCGCAAUGCGAAUGGCCAAUACUCUUCCUUUGAUAUGGCCCAGUAUGUGUUCUGGACUGGCGACGAGACAGGCGUAGCUAGAGCUGUUGAGGAACUGAUCGAUGAGAAUUUGAUCACCCGAGAGAGUGCUCUGAAGUUCUUGCGCGAUAUUCGUCUGGGCAUUGAGUUCUUGCAGCGCUCCUAUGCAAAUCGCAUUUUUCCCGAGGAGUUGCGUCAGAAUCACUUGAAGCGUAAUACUUUGCCUAGCUCGACAACCACAUCGACAACAACAACAACCACAACGAGCACCACCACUGAAAAGCCAUUCAUACACUUGGACAGCGAUUCGGAUGCAGUAAGUCCGGAAAUAGGACGAGGCAAGUCCCUAGACAGCUUCACCUUCUGGAAUAAGCUGAAGGCCCUAGAGAAUGAGAGUCCUCAAGAUCUAACGGACUAUGAUGAAACCAUGGGUCGUGCUAAAAUCGUAGAAUAUUUGUAUAAUGAGUACAGCUUGGAGGAAAUACUCUACAAAUUGGCCAAGGUAAUGUUUGCUCAGUCUUUGGCUCAUGGCUCUGAUGAGGCCCAGCAGGAGCUGCAGAAGCUAACCGAAUUCCUGGAACACGAGGGCAAUCUGGGCAUUAUUCCCGUUGACUUGCAGAAGAAAGUGCUAAGAGUUCUGCUCACCGCACUCUCCGAUACUCUAACCGAACAUCCCGAGUUGCUGCCGGCUGCGCGUGUUAACUUGGCAAAUCCAUUUUUCAGACUUCCAAUGCAUACCACAAGUCAAUAGAGCAUUGAGGGCAGCUCUUAAAUGUUAUCAAAAGUAUAUAUAUAAAUAUCUAUAUGUAUACAUAUAAUAUAUAUGAAUGAAAUAUUAACUAAGUUAUAUACACAACUGAUCAUAUAUACAUACAUAUAUAAUUAUUCUGUUUCACAAGUUGUUUAACAUAGACAGAAAUGCGCUCUCUCGGAAUUGGUUCAACAUUUUUUCCUUCUAUACUAAAGACAACAAAAAAGAAAACAAAAUGGCAAAUAUCGAAAGGCUUAUAAUUUAGUUCUUAUCAUAGCAAAAAAAAAAAAAACUCUCGUGAUAUUUUUGGCAGGCUAGAAAGUGCGAGAUAAAGAAACGUUUUUAUAUUCAUCAUAUAUACUACAUAUAUGACAAAUUUUAGAAAAGUGGU